AUGUUGUCCUUCAAUGAUUUUGUCUCUUUGUGGGAGAAAAAGAUUGGCAAGACCCUUGAGAAGACUUUAAUAUCCCAGAAGAUCAACUUGUCAAGAAAAUCCAUGGGAGAUAUCUAUGAUCACAAUAGUUUGGUGGAGGCAAUCAAGAAAGUUGAUGUAGUGAUUUCCAGUGUAGGGAUGGAGCAGAUUGCUGAUCAGACCAAGAUCAUUGCUGCCAUCAAAGAAGCUGGAAAUAUCAAGAGAUUUCUGCCAUCUGAGUUCGGAACAGAUGUCGAUCACAUCCAUCCCGUCGAGCCAGCCGGAACGUUUUUCCGGAACAAAUCUAACAUCAGGAGAGCCAUAGAGGCUGAAGGAAUUUCAUACACCUUUGUGGUGUCCUAUGGCUUUGCAGGCUAUAUGCUGCCUAGUGUGGGAGACUCUAACGCAAAAGUUCCUCCCAAAGAGAAAGUAAAAAUCUUAGGAGAUGGAAAUUGCAAAGGUGUGUUUGUGGAGGAAGAGAACAUUGCAACUUAA